AUGCCACCCAAGACAAAAGGCAGCUCCAAGCCCGAGCCCAAAGCCACCCCAGAACCUCCUCCAGACACCGUCUCUCAACGCUCCGAGCAACGCUUCUUCCAGACAAACCCCAUCGAGAAGCGCCGUCAGCAAGUCGGCCUCGCCUCUCUCUCUCCCGCAGAGAAAAAGACCUUUACUCACACCAACCUCAUCCUCCCCGUCGCGAACCGCCGCGUGCCCCUGUCGAACCGCUCCGAGCGCGAGUUCUGGAAGUUUGUCACGAAAGAGGGUCUGCCCAUCCGCCGCCUUCCGCGCGACUACGCCUGGGGAAAGGACCGCUCCGGGAGAGAUAUCGGGACUUAUUCUCCUGACGAGCUUGAGCAAAGGGGGCUUAAGCACGCAAAGCUUACGAGCUUGCAGAUUCAGCAUCGGCAGUUUCUGAAGAAGAGGGAGAUUGCUGGUGGAGAGGCUUCUGAGGAAGAGGUUGCUAAGGAAAAGACAAGGAGAAAGGCGAUGGCUGCUCUCAAGAGGGACCUCUACGGGGAGAUUACUGGUGCUCUGGCCCAGGAUCCAGAGUGGGACGACGUUAUUCCCAUUCCCCAGAGCGAGCCUGAGGAUGCCCUCGCUCAGAUCGCCUACCCGGACGACUACGCUGAGGCCGUCUCGUACCUCCGUGCCGUCAUGGCCGCUGACGAGUGUUCGCCUCGCACCCUCCGUCUCACUGAGCACGUCAUCUCGAUGAACCCAGCGCACUACACCGUCUGGCUCUUCCGCUUCAAGAUCAUUUCAGUCCUCAAGCUCAGCAUCCCCGAUGAGAUCAAGUGGCUUAACGAGGUGGCUCUCUCAAACCUCAAGAACUACCAGAUCUGGAACCAUCGCCAGUUGCUCAUGGACUACUACUACCCCCUCAUCGAAGAGGACGACGCGACUGUUCGCAAGCUGGCUCGCUCCGAAACGCAAUUCAUCACUACUAUGCUAGCUGAGGACGCCAAGAACUAUCACGUUUGGUCGUAUAGACAGUAUCUCGUGGGUAAGCUGUCAAUGUGGACCAUGAGCGAGCUCCUCUCGACGCAGAACCACAUCGAAGAGGACGUGCGCAACAACUCUGCCUGGUCGCACCGCUUCUACAUCGUCUUUUCAGACCCUACAGCUUCAACGACCGGCUCUGGGCCUACUGAAGCAGACCCGCGUGUUCCAGCAGAGACCAUCGAUAGAGAGAUCAAAUACGCCAAGGAAAAGAUUAGUCUCGCGCCGCAGAACCAAUCGCCCUGGAACUAUCUCUUUGGCGUUCUUUCCAAGGGUGCUCGACCUUUGACGUCUGUCAAGGAGUUUGCAGAGGGAUUUGUUAGUGCAUUGGGUGAAGAUGCUGAAGAGGUGCGCAGCUCUCAUGCGUUGGAUUUCCUAGCCAAGCUGUACGAUGAGGAGGGCGACAAGGACAAGGCGGAACUGUGCUUGCGACGGUUGGGUGAGAAGUGGGAUCCCGUGCGGGAGGGAUACUGGAAGUACCGAGUGACGCUGCUAAAGAGCGGAGGCGAGAAGGCUCAGGAUUAG